CCCAUCUCCUGCAUUGCAGGCGGAUUCUUUGCCCCUGAGGCACCAAGGAAGCCUUACAUAUGAAUAAUUUGUUGGAUCUAGAGGCUUAAUGAGUUUCAGGUUGUAUUUUUCUUUAUUUAUCAUAUCAGGAGGCACAUAAUACCUGGUUAUCUCUUUUUAUGAUGUUAAAAUUGUUGAUUCGUUGCAGAUGUUCUUAGCUCAUUCAUUCAUUUUAAACUUCAGCCUUUCACAUGAAACAGUUCAGCAACCUUUAAUGAUUAUUGUCUAAAUCUGUUAUUUCAUUACAAAUUAUAAAAUGAUGUUAUUCUGAUUCUAUCCUAACUUCUUCAUUAAUUAGCCAGAAAGCAUUUUGUAAGGAACUGUGCCUCAUCAUUUUUUUGGUUAUUCUGCAAUACAAAAAAAUUUUAGUAUAAAUCUGAUUAGCUUAAUUGCCUUUACUUAAAGUGGAAAAUUCAUACUUGUUCUAUGAGCAAACUGUUUUUCCCAUAACCACCUUCCUGGCAUGUCAUGCAGACUUCUCUUCAUUUACACAGAGCUAUUUGCUAUUCUCCAAACUCAUCGUAUAUUUUCCUAUAUCCACACCUUUGGUUUUGUCUUUUCUGGGAAAUGACCUCCCUCACCACCCCCAUUCUGUAUUAUAUUUCUCAUCUUCUAACUUAAAUUCCUCAGUUAAUGUGAACUUAAACCCCCAUGUAAAAUGUAUUUUUCCUUUUUGGGGACCUCAGUGUUUUCUACAUGGAGAUUUACUUUUUAACCCUUUAGUGAAUAUGUGACUUUCUUUUUUAAAAAAACAUAGGUCUUGUUUAUUUUCCAAGUCUUUUAAGUUGCUAGAAGAUUAGAAACAUAAGUAAUUCAUUUUUGUGUUUCCAGGACUAGCAUAAUGGGUUGGCCUAAAUUGCUCAGAAAUUAUAUUUUAGGUUAUUCAUCCAGUUGCUGGAAAACUACAAGAGAGCCUAUUUCAGUCUUCAGUUUUGAAAAGUGAGUAAUUGACUGAUCAUAGUAUAGAACAAUAUCAGAAAUUCUUUACUGGACUUCUUUCUUCCAUACAAUAUUAUGUAAAACUAGAUAUUUAAUAUACACUCUGUAUAGACUGAAGUGACUUAGCAUACACACAUGCACACUCUAUAUGAAAUAUUAUUUUUUAAAUGUUCCUGGAUUACACAAGUAUAUGCAUUUGUCAAAACUUCAAAUGGUACUCGGAGGAUUUGUACAUUUCAUUGUAUGUAAGGCUUACCUUAAAACGAUAAAAACAUGUUAUACUCUACUUAAUGAUUUGCAUUUUUGAAGUAUUUAGAAGGAAGUAUACUGGCACCUACAGUUUUUGAAAUGCACAGAAAAGAUGGAUUGAUGGAUGGGUAAAUAUGUGGUAAAAGCAAGUAGAGUAACAUGUUAGUGAUAGAUUAUAAGUGGUAGUUAUAUAGGUUAUAUAGGUUAUAUAUAGUUAUAUAGGUUAUAUAGGUUUUACCUAUAUAAUUCUUUUACAUUUUCUGUAUAAAAUUUCAUAAUAAAUUUUUAGGGAAAUGAAGGGGCUGAGGCUUUAAAAAAAAGAGACAAACUAAUAACUACAAAACUCAAGUUCUAUAUUCCUAAAUAAAGUGUCUCCAUCCUCCAAAGCUAAUUAUUCAUGCUGAACAGGAAUGUGCCCUUACAGGGAUCAGUGUCCUUCAGUGAUGUGGCUGUAGAUUUCAGCAGAGAGGAGUGGCAGCAAUUGGAUCUUGAUCAGAAAAACCUGUACCGGGAUGUGAUGCUGGAGACCUAUAGCCACUUGCUCUCAAUAGGAUAUCAAGUUCCUGAAACCGAGGUUUUCAUGUUGGAACAAGGAAACGAGCCAUGGCCAUUGCAAGGUGAGGGCCCAUAUCAGAGCUGUCCAGAAGAAUUGUGGCAGAUUGGUGACCAGAUAGAGAGCUAUCAUCAGAGAGAAAACAGAUCUUUAAGAAAUGUGGCUUUCAUCAAGAAAGUAUUGACUAUACAGAGGGAUUAUGCAUAUAAGGGCAUAAGGAAAAUAAUUCAUGUGAGUCAAAACAUUCCUUCCCCAAAGAGACCUCAUCAUCAAUGUGACUUAUUUGGAAGUGCUUUAAGCUAUAAUUUAGAUUUAUGCAAUCAUAAUAGAAACAGUGAAUCAAAGAACAUUAAUAAGAUUACUGAAUAUAGUAAAAUUUCCCCCUAUACUAAACAAGAGUGUACUCCAAGAGGAGAGAAAUUACAGGACCAUAAUCAAUGUGGAAAAAUUCUCAGCUAUAAACAAGCACCCUCUCAACAUCAGAAAAUUCAUACUGGGGUGAAAUCUUAUGAAUGUCCUGAAUUUGGAAAUACCUUCACUCAGAAGUCACAACUCAAGGUACAUUUGAAACUUCAUACAGGAGAAAAACUCUAUGUAUGUAUUGACUGUGGGAAGGCUUUUGUACAGAAGCCAGAAUUCAUCACACAUCAGAGAACUCAUACUCGAGAGAAGCCCUAUAAGUGCAGUGAAUGUGGGAAAGCCUUUUUCCAAGUAUCUUCUCUUUUCAGGCAUCAGAGAAUUCAUACUGGAGAAAAACUCUAUGAAUGCAGUGAAUGUGGGAAAGGCUUCUCUUAUAACUCAGAUCUUAGUAUACAUCAGAAAAUUCAUACUGGAGAGAGACACCAUGAGUGCAGUGACUGUGGGAAAGCAUUCACACAGAAGUCCACGCUCAAGAUGCAUCAGAAAAUUCAUACAGGUGAGAGAUCCUAUAUAUGUAUUGAAUGUGGACAGGCUUUCAUCCAGAAGACCCACUUGAUUGCACACCGAAGAAUUCACACUGGAGAAAAACCAUAUAAAUGCAGUAACUGUGGGAAGUCCUUCAUUUCCAAGUCACAGCUGCAGGUACAUCAACGAACUCACACAAGGAUGAAACUGUCUAUGUGCAGUGAAUAUGGAAAGGUUUUCAACAAUAAUUCCAACCUCAAUACACAUAAGAAGGUUCAAAUUAGAGAGAAAUCUUCCAUAUGUACUGAAUGUGGUAAGGCAUUUACCUACAGGUCAGAGUUGAUUAUACAUCAGAGAAUUCACACCGGAGAAAAACCUUACGAAUGUAGUGAUUGUGGAAAAGCCUUCACUCAGAAGUCUGCACUCACAGUGCAUCAGAGAAUUCAUACAGGAGAAAAAUCAUAUAUAUGCAUGAAAUGUGGUCUAGCCUUCAUCCAGAAGGCACACUUGAUAGCGCAUCAAAUAAUUCAUACAGGAGAGAAACCUUAUAAAUGUGGUCACUGUGGGAAAUCCUUUACUUCCAAGUCACAACUCCAUGUGCAUAAACGAAUUCACACAGGAGAGAAACCCUAUACGUGCACUAAAUGUGGGAAGGCAUUCACUAACAGAUCAAAUCUCAUUACGCAUCAGAAAACUCAUACAGGAGAGAAAUCCUAUAUAUGUCCUAAAUGUGGCAAGGCCUUCACUCAAAGAUCAGACUUGAUUACACAUCAGAGAAUUCAUACUGGGGAGAAACCUUAUGAAUGCAGUACAUGUGGAAAAGCCUUUACCCAGAAGUCACACCUCAAUAUACACCAGAAAAUUCACACUGGAGAGAGGCAGUAUGAGUGCCAUGAAUGUGGGAAAGCCUUCAACCAGAAGUCAAUACUCAUUGUGCAUCAGAAAAUUCAUACAGGAGAGAAACCCUACGUGUGUACUGAGUGUGGGAGAGCUUUCAUCCGGAAGUCAAACUUUAUUACUCAUCAGAGAAUUCAUACUGGGGAGAAACCUUAUGAAUGCAGUGAUUGUGGGAAAUCCUUCACCUCCAAAUCUCAGCUCCUGGUGCAUCAACCAAUUCACACAGGAGAAAAACCAUAUGUGUGUGCUGUAUGUGGGAAAGCCUUUAGUGGCAGGUCAAAUCUCAGUAAACACCAGAAAACUCAUACUGGAGAGAAGCCCUACAUUUGUUCUGAAUGUGGAAAGACCUUCAGACAAAAGUCAGAACUGAUUAUACACCAUAGGAUUCAUACUGGAGAGAAACCUUAUGAAUGCAGUGAUUGUGGUAAAUCAUUUACUAAGAAAUCACAGCUCCAAGUGCAUCAGCGAAUUCAUACAGGAGAGAAGCCUUAUGUGUGCACAGAGUGUGGAAAGGCCUUCACUGACAGGUCAAAUUUGAAUAAACACCAGACAACACACACUGGAGAUAAACCCUAUAAGUGUGUCAUCUGUGGGAAAGGCUUCGUUCAGAAGUCAAAUCUGAUUCUGCAUCAAAGAAGUCACACUGGGGAGAAGCCAUAUGGAUGUACUGACUGUGGAAAAGCCUUUUCACAUAAGUCAACCCUCAUUAAGCACCAGAGAAUACACACUGGUAUUAGACCCUUUGAAUGUUUUUUUUGUGGGAAAGCCUUCACCCAGAAGUCACACCGCAGAGAACAUCAGAGGACACAUACAGGAGAGAGACCCUUUGUGUGUAAUGAAUGUGGGAAGUCAUUUGGUGAGAAGUCAUACCUCAAUGUACAUCAAAAAAUACACACAGGAGAAAGACCCUAUCGUUGUAGAGAAUGUGGAAAAUCUUUCAGUCAAAAGUCAUGCCUCAAUAAACAUUGGAGAACUCAUACAGGAGAAAAACCCUAUGGAUGCAAUGAAUGUGGCAAAGCAUUCUAUCAGAAGCCAAACCUUAGUAGACAUCAGAAAAUUCAUGCUAGGAAGAAUACUUAUAGGAAUGACCUAAAAAUAGUAGGAAAGCCUUGAGCAGGAUAUCCUAUUUCAUUAUAUGUGGAGGAAUUCAUCCUUAGGAAAAAUCUCAUAUUUAAUGAAUUUUGACAAGGUGUUUCAUCAUAAGGCAAGUCAUAUUCCAGUUGUGAUAGAAAAUUUUAUACAAAAGAUUAUACAAAAAUACUCUAUAUUUAAAACAUAAACAUGAUCACUUUGGCUUAUGAAAGUUGAAAAUAUAUUAAAUGGAAUGAUUACAGAACACAAAAUAUAUGUGAAGAAAAUUAAAAGUAUAUUUUGGUAUGUCCCACAGUGACCCACAUAAUAAGCACUAUUUAUAUUUUAGAAUUAUAAAUGUGAAUUUAAGUUGAAUAUCAAGCACAUAUUUAGAAUGCCAUUCACCAAAUUUUUUCACUCUAAAUAUCACCAUUGUCUUUUGGUGUCUUUCCAUACAUGUGUGUGCGCUCAGUUUUGUCCAACUCUUUGUGACUCCAUGGACUAUAGCCCACCAGACUCCCCUAUCCAUGGA